CAUGUGCCUUCCUACGGUAACUGCAUUGCUAACAUAAACACGCCACUAACACUCACUUUUAAAUUAUUUCAGUAAAAAUGAAUCAAAAAUACAAAUUGUGUCUCGUCUGCAUGCCGUAUUUUGGUAGAACACAUACCUACAUUUAAUGAGUGGACAAGAUGAGCCGGAUGAUCCUCCGCUCCCAGACGGUCAUCUGGCCGCAAGUGCUGCCUAUUAUUCCAUGGACAACCCCCGCCGCGGUGUUGCAGCCAUUUUCAACCAGGAGCACUUCGACAUGAAGGGCGUCCACGACCGCAAGGGCAGCCAGCAGGACUGCCGCAGUCUCAGUCACAGUUUCUCCAGGCUCGGAUUUGAGGUGGAAGUCUUCCUCGACCUCACCCUAGCUCGGAUUGUGACGACCCUGGACACAUUGAGCCAGAGGGACCAUUCUGACUGCGAUUGUUUCGUCCUGUGCUUCAUGAGCCACGGACUGGAGGGAAAGCUGAGGUCUAAGGACGACGUGUUUGAUGUCAACCUACUUUGGGAACGAUUUACGGCGGAGAACUGUCCGACUCUUGCUAAUAAACCCAAACUUUAUUUCAUUCAAGCUUGUCAAGGCCACGCCAGACAAAAGGCCGUGCUGGUGACUGGGUCCACGUACCAGACUGAGGAAUCGGCCCAGGAUCAGGUGAAAAUUGUGCCUUCCUAUCUCUUGCCUGACCGAGCAGACUUUCUUGUCGCACUGUCCACGAUUCCUGGCUUUGUGUCAUGGAGAAGUCCUGAAAAAGGUUCCUGGUACAUACAGACGCUCUGCCGUCACCUGGACUCACACGGGUUCCAUCAGGAUAUCCUGACCCUUCUGACCAACGUGAGUCGGUCUGUGUCCUUGGAUUUCACUUACUACGAAGACUCUAACCCCCUUGUUUCCUCGUGUAAGAAGCAGCUUCCCUCCGUCAUCUCUCUGCUGAUCAGGACCCUCAAGUUCACAAAGAAGAGCUCACGUAAUUGUAAGAAGUGCGGCGGCAACAGUAACAGCUCUCAGAUCUCUUUGAAAAGGCCGUUGGAAACAAGUGAAAGUUUACUAGAGAGGUUUCCUGCUGCGAAGGUGGCAAAAAGAGAGAACGAUUGAAAAUUCGUAAUAUAUUCAUGAUGUCAAUAUUGGUUUCAAACUUUUAAAUGCCCAUUAUACUGUUUUUUAAUUUUGUAAAAGUAUAAAACCUGUAUAUGUUUUUUUGUUUAUACAUUCACACAUUAUAUUAUAUAUUACUACUUUCAUCAAAUAAAUGGCAACUGAAAUUAAAA